UCGCAUGCUUCACACCACCACACCACCACGGCACGAAUGAGGCGUAGCUGUCCAUUGAAAAUCACUCUCAAGUGGUUUUGGAGUGGGCGCAAUAAUAUUUCUCCACCUUGAGAGAACUCUGCAUGCUCAUCUUCCGCCAGUGCAACUGUGAGCCAGGUUACCUCUCUGCUGACCGGGGUGCAAACUUCAGAGCUCGCUAAUAACUAGCGGUGGCGGUGAUGUAACACUAUCGUCCAGGUCUUUGCCUUUGCCUUUGGAGCAAAUUCUAGUAAACAGUUCUCACCUUCCGCACCAAGCCAAGGUUCCUAUUACCGAAUCUGGAGGUUGCGUUUAUUUCUGAUACCGUGCACGCUGCUCCGUUCCUGUCCAGCUAGUCGCCUGGUUUGCCCAAUUCAACUCGUCUUCCGGUAGUUCGACUGGAUUAGUGGGUGCUGCAGAACUAAAAUCAAAUCACUUUGGACUGCUGCUGGUGGUGUCGUAGUUGCUGGUUUGAUGAGUUGUGUCCGUGUUCAACGGGUACUGGAGUUGGCUCGUUGAGUUAUCGCGCACUUCUUCGGACAGUGCACGAGCAUGGAGCCGUUAGGGCGGCAAUUCCGUCGGCACCGCGGAGAUGGCGACCUUCGCGUCGCUCUUCUAGCGUUGCUUGCCGCCUGGAGUUUCACUGCGUCGGGGGUGCUUGCCGCCAACCAGCCGUGCGUGUCGGACAUCUUCAGCGUUCCUCCAGCGCCGCUCAAAGUGCCCGCUUUCACCGACACUGUGCAGCUCAGUGUGUGUGUAGCGCAGCUAUGCCCAUCAACCGUCGUCAACGCCACACAGGUCACAUACACAAUCAUAGUGCAACGAGACAAUGGUGUGGUCGGACAGGCUUUUCAACCCGUGGCACUAGAGGUGGGCAGCACAGGCACAAUCAACAUCACCGACGUCGAAGCAGGCGUAGAGUAUAUUAUCAGUGCACAGUGGGUGCUGAACGGGACCAUCAUGUCCAACCUGAGCAUGGGCACUUUCUUCAGGGUGCCCGCCAACACCACAGCCCCACCAGGCAGCGCCCCGGUAGACCUGAGAGUCGCUACCCGUAGCACUACGUCCUUUACGCUGGCUUACCUGCCGCCUCUGAUGCCCAGCAACGUCAUAAGUCACUAUCAGAUAUUCAUCAGCAACGGCAGCGAUGCCGAAGUGUUCAACACCACCGCGCUUACCUUCACGCUAAACGACCUGAUGCCAAACACGCUGUACUUCAUCACAGUGUCUGCAUCCAAUAUCAAUAAUCCCAGCAUGUUUGGACCGGAGACACCGGCAAUACAGGCAUCAACAAACGCUCAAGCGCAGCAGGGAGACAUUCCUAUCCUCAUCUACUUACUGAACAAUGACUUGAGGGCAGGAACCACUCCGGCCGGCAAUCGCCUUAACAACGUUCCGGCUCCUGCGCAUGGAAUGGUGGUUACGGAUAACGGUGGCAACGGCUGUGGACAUGCUGGCUGACUUCAACAUGACUAUGCCGGCAUUGUUUGUCGAUGGCCUGACGACGGAGGUCACCGAUAUGGGUUUGGAUCCCAUGGAUGGGUACCUAUACUUCACGCUGAACGUGACGGGGCAGAUGAUGCGCGUUGACAUUGGCAACCCUGCCAGCGCAAUCCCGAUUCUGAAUGGUUAUCAAAUCCCCACGUUCCAGAUGUUUCUCGAGGAGCAGACCUUACUGUUCCAAACCAAUCGUAGCAUCUUUCUCUACUCUCUCCUGACCGGAGUGGUCACGCAGAACGCGCUCGUGUCCGGCAUCAACAACUCGCGCGAGUUUGCUGCGUACAACAACUUUGUGACGUGGUUGCACUCAACUGACGACGACGCGUCCACAAGAGGUGAUAUAUUCGGCAACUCCAUUGGCGACAGUACCAUUCCGGUCAACGGCCGCUCCACUCAGUUGAGACUGAUCCGCUCCGGGCUUCAGCCGAGACCAAUUUCCUCGAAUCCCAUACAGAACUUGCAAGUGUUGGUAUCAGCAACAGCAGCCCGUAUAACAUGGCUACCACCAUCUAUAGCCACAGUUGGCACGGGUGCGUUUGCCGUCUGGUCGUAUCGUGUUGACAUCACGCCCGUCACCAGCCAGAGCGCUCCGUCCCUGUGCCGCACUGUUGUGUUCGACGCCGUCAUGCCCUCCGUCGACGUAGCACUGAACGCCACACUGGAGCCGGCCACACGGUACCGAUUCCAGGUGUAUCCGUAUGAUAACGUACUGUUUGCAAACUCCGACCCCUGUGCAAGCGGCGUUGAUGGUCGCUAUGGCAGCGGCAGUCAAGCGGUGGAGGUGUUCACGCUGGCUGUGAGCAAUGCCGAGUCGGCCAUCAUCGUCACUGAUCCCCAGGGCUACACCAUUCAGUACAGCGGAGUGAGCGGCUUGCCAAGACUGCAGCUUGCAUCGCUAAUGAUACCCCCUGCAGCUGUCGGCUUUGACAUCGAAAACGGUUCGCUGAUCUACGCCCAGGACGCCUCGUCGUUGGUGACAUUCACACGCCAGGCGAACUCCCUUGUGUCCUUCUUCUCCAACCCUCCACCGGGCUCGGAGCUGCCGACGUCAGUGAUGGAGACGUCGGAGCAAGUGGUGGGAUUUCCCGCCGUGGGUGCGGUGAACACUGUACGCAUGGCGGUCGACUACCUAGGCAAGCGCAUCUUCUGGACUUUGGGAGCUGAUAUCUACUACGCGCAUUACAACACACCGUCAACUAGUGUACGCUUCAUGGCUGCGGCUGGCACUGUGGUUGAUCUGACGCUGGACGUGAGCAAUGGUCAUAUCUACUGGGUCAGUCCAAACACAUUUCACGUGGGACGAAUGAACACCAACUACUGCCAGUCUUCGCGGGAUGUGGCCAUAUUGGUGCCCAGACCCAAUGCGCUGAUCCCUGGUGAAACGUUGAAGGCUGUUCAGUAUGACGUCACCACCGACCGUCUCUACUACACGCUGGAGAUUGGGACGCAGACCGUUCUCAAGUAUGGCACACCCAUGCCUCUCAUUGGACACUUAGUCAGCCUCGUUACCGUGUUCUCCAGUUCUUUACCCAUCGCACCGAUCUCGCCGUUCGACAGCAAGGUCUACUACCGCACGCCGGAUGCGGCGGGCAGUGUGUCCGUUGUCGACACGCAGCUCUCCAACGUCGUGCCACCGUACUUUGCUUCGUUCCGUGCCGCCAAUGGUGCUCUCCUGUCGGACGUCAGGGUCAUCGCCGAGAACCUUCAGCCGUUCAACGCUUGUUUCGUCGACCUGCCCGCGGAUGCCAGGCCAAGCACUCCGUCCAACCUGGCCGUGAACAUGGCCAUGAGCAACUCCAGCAGGCUGGUGCUGCAGUGGGACGCGUCGACUCCGCUCUGCGACGGCUCGCCCAUCACGUACAAUCUGGUCUAUCGCACCACGGCGCACGGUACUGGGUUUCCCGUGCUCGCCGAACUGCUGUGCCCCGUGACGCUAACUGAUGUAAGUAGCAUCACAGUGGAUGGCUUAUUACCAGCCACACGCCUGGAAGUAGUCAGCCUUCAAGCUUUCUCCACGUAUCUGCCAUCGGCCAUCGUUGCUGACGAGUUCUUUUCAGCAGAUGCAGCACCGGUGGGGGCUCCACUGGACACCAGGGUGUUCUACAGCUGUGGAGACACGCAGUGCGACAUAGAGUUCCGCUGGAACGCCAUCGCCCUCGACCAGCAGAACGGCAACAUCACAUCCUACACUGUCCGCUUGAGUGGACCCUCCGGUCAGACGGUUCCAGGCAUUCGGAUACAGUCACACACUUUCUCCUCCCUGCCGGCAGGUGGCACGUAUCUUCUUGAGGUACUUGGUGUUAACUCCGCAGGACAAGGCCCCUUCUCGUCUUCCGCCACCGUCACAUUACAAGCCCUUGGAGGGGUGUUUGUCCCCGAGAUCCUGACCACCUCGGGUAGCGCGCCCGGCAGCAUCACGGUGUUCGACGUUGACCGCCUGGAGGCGAGUGCUCAGCCCGUUGUUCGCACGCCUGACAUCAUCGGCGGUCCCAGCCCGGAACAGUACUCGGUGACUUUCAUACAGUUUGACUCGCGCUCCAACGAGACGUUCUGGGUGGCGGCCAUUGGUCAGAGCACUUGGGCGCUGCGAUACCAAAGCAGUGACGGAGUGGUCUGCACGUUACGCACGGAGCCGUCAGCGUUUGACAACCGCGCCGUGGUCGGUCUGUCGUUCGACUGGAUCGGCCGCGUUCUCUACACCAUAGAGCAGCGUGGCACCAACUACUCCGUGUACCAAGUCAGACUGCCAGUGGGUGAUGUGUGUCAGGCAUCUACACUGCAGGGUACCAUUCUCUUUUCUACGACGGGCAGCGUGCUGAACUCUUUGAACUACUCACCAAAGUCCGGAACUCUUUUCUACCUGAGCGGUGACAGUAUUGUUCAGAUGACAGUAGGCGAGCAAUCAGCAACGUCACCACCAACCACUGCAGCCAGUGCGAAACGCCGGCGUAGGCAGAUUUCAGUGCAGAGUGUUCUGACGUCUGCCGGUGUCACGGCUAUUCAUUAUUCCGCCGUUGAGGAUCGCACCUACAUAGCUGUGUCCAGUUCCGGUGUCACUGUGUUCCGCUGUCCCAACCUGACGGCCGCCACGGCUCAGAGCAACUGCGCUCUCUACCAACCCGGCCAUGCCAUGUCGGCAAGCAUUGACUCUCUGUACAGUGACAACACCCUGCUAUACUGGACCCUGGCCGGAGUCACCUCCACCAUAUACUACCAGAGAAUCGAUCAGCUGGCCUCUACAUCGGCCUUCAUGAGCACCAGCCGAUCACCAGACUCACCGAUAGUGGCCUUUGGCACUCAGCUCCAACCAGUACCAAGUUUGGCCUGCCUGAGACCGCCGGUCAGCGAUCUGACACGUAUGCCGCCGACCGUGCUCGCCGUAACCCAGACGACCGUCGACAUUCUCGCCCCCACGCCCGUGCUGAGCAGCGAGUGUCGUGCGCUGACCGCGUCUCUGGCGCCCAGUCGCGUCGCCGUUCGGGUGCAGCCGGAGAACGGCUCCACGUUCACCGUGUUGUCGGACAGUCCGUCGGUGCGCAUCCCCGGCUUGAGCCCGUUCACCGUGCACAACAUCACCGUCGUGUCGUAUGAGAACAGCUGGGGCACCACGGCCAACACAGGUGCACAACCGGCUGUCGUCACAACCCUGACAGGAUUACCACCAGCAACGCCUGGUGUCCGUCGUACGGUGCUCUUGCCGGACACCAUCCUGGUCGAAUGGGACGCUCCGGCACCCGGUACAUCCACGAACGGCAUCAUCACGCACUACCGCGCGGAGGCCACGCUGGUCAGUUCGGCGUCCGUCAGCGACGACCCAGUGAGCGUCAACAGUACAGUGCUCAACGCUACGAUUACAUCGCUCACGCCAGGAGCCAUGUACUCAAUCACGGUCUUCUCCAGUACGAGUGCCGGCGAGGGUCCAGGCAGCACUCCCGUCACGGCCACAACCUUACCAUCACCGGGAUCCAUCGCCGUGGAGAUGCCGCAGCCCGGCACGGCGAUAGUCAACUGCGUCAACGUGGGCUCGGUGCCCUGCUCCGAUGUCCUGGUCACCUGCCAAUCACGGCCUUUAUGCUCAUCGGACAUGACGUGCUCCGGGGCUGCUGUUCCCGUCGUCGUUCCUGUCAACAGCUCCAGGUAUAUGUUUUCCUCUCUGGAGGGCGGCGUGAUUUACUCGACGACCGUUCGCUAUACGUACCCUUCUGGUGAUGUCUACACAGCUACUCAACAGCCUACACUUGUAGCUCAGGGAACACGACCUGAUGCUCCCACGGAUCUGCGCGUUGUGAGCACAACAUCCGGGACGUUUGAGUACAGCUGGAGAGCACCGCUUUGCCGACGAGACUCCAGCCAGAUACCAUCGUACAUGCUGGAGAUCACCACAGUGAGCGGCGCCAUGGUUACCAUCAACACGACGGGAUCGCCGACGCAGGACAACCGUCUGGGCGCCGAGGCUCCAGAGGAUGCAAGCUACAGAUUCGUGGUGGUGCUGGCAAGGAAUUCCCUGGGACUGAGUGGUCCGUCCAACGUGGUGCAAAUUACAAACCUGACGGCAGUGGGAAAUGAAGGUGAUGGCGGCAGCGACAACCUUCCUUUGAUCAUCGGCGUCGCAGCGGGUGGUGGAGUCCUGCUCAUCUUACUGAUAGUCGUGACCAUUGUCGUUUAUCGUCGACAGAGCGAGAAAGACGGUCUCCUGCCUCCGCCGUUCAUUAUUCCCAAUGGGAACGGAGCAAAUGUUAUUAACGACUUCUACGCUACUGACAGGGUGGAACUGGACGAGUCAUUGAAGGCGUACGAGAUCGAUGCGUCUCUCAUUGAACUGGGAGACAUUCUAGGCAAGGGUCAUUUCGGCGUGGUGAACAAGGGCGUCUACCGACCGCUCAACAACGAAGAACCGCGCGUGGUUGCCGUGAAGAGCUCAGCAUCUCGCGAGGGAGACAAUGAAUUCCUUCUGGAAGCAGAAAUUAUGUUGGACAUGAACGAUCCUCACAUUCUGCGCUGCUACGGGCUGUGCGUGCAGCCGCGUGUUUGGCUGGUGAUGGAGUACUGUGAUGGCGGGAACCUGCUGAGCUUCCUCGAGGCAUGCAAACAUCAGAUGGAGGGCGGUGUCGUACUUAGCGUGUUGGAUGUGGUGAACAUGAUGGAAGACAUUGCACGUGGAAUGGUCUAUCUUGAGCAACAGCACAAAGUUCAUCGGGAUCUGGCUGCUCGCAACAUCCUGAUUGCCAACAACCCCAUGUCACCGGAACGCAAGCUGAAGAUUAGCGACUUUGGACUGACGCGUGAUAAUUACACCGAGGAGUAUGUAAUGGACCUGACGCAGCGGGACAAGGCACUGCCCGUUCGUUGGGUGGCGCCGGAGUGCAUGACUCAGGGAAUAUUCAACUCAAAGAGCGAUGUAUGGGCGUUCGGCGUGGUGUGCUGGGAGCUGGGGUCACUUGGUGACACGCCGUAUGGCAAUUUCCGCUCAGCACGCGAUAUCGUCAACGAGGUGAAGCGAGGACUCAAGAUCCAACGACCACCGUACUUCACCGACGAAAUGUACCGGAUAAUGCUGGCGGCGAUGCACUACCGUCCGGAGCGUCGCGCCAACUUCACGCAGCUGGUCACGAUGAUAAUGCAUUACAAGGAUAGCAUACGGGAUCACAUGAAUCUUGAUAUCUUCAUGAUGCAGCGCUACACACACAACCCCAUGGCCCCAGACGAAUACUUCACGGCCGAGGAGACCGGCGAAGCGGAGGUAAUGGAAGCCGCCGCCGGUGGCCUAAACCGAGUGGAGAGCAUCCGCCGAUCCAUACGCCACGCUCUCAAUCGCGGCGUCACGCAGGGUAGUAGCGGCGGUGGAGGAGAGGAUGUGCCGCUGACGAACCUGGCGCGCGGACACGGCGAGCGUAUGAGCGGCCGGCGCAAGGAUGCCAGCAAUCAGUACGUCGGCGAGCUAGCCAAUCAAGCAGCCGAGGAGGACGACAUAGACCGCAUCAAGAAGGGCGGUGGCGCAAUGUUUGUCAACACCCGCGCUGCCACCAGCACGUCUUCCGACGACGCCAACUACAACGUCCCUCGGCCGGCGAACGGCUCCGCCACCAGCAAUGGAGCGCCGCCCACAGCUCCCAAGCCAAGGCCAGGUGGUGCCAGUCGCGGUCGCCUGGAGUCCGAAGUUCCGGACAAUUACAACUGGCCGUCGAGCCAGCCGGCGUCCGCGGCGACCAGUGCCCAGUACUCACACCCGAAACCGGCCGCUGCGUCCGCGAUGAGCGGUGCCUCGACUGUAUCCUCAGCAUCAUCUCAGCGGGGCAGUGCCUCCACAGGCGGCGGAAAACUGCAGUCGGAAGUGCCGGUCAACUACAAUUGGCCGUCCAGCGACCCGGCCUCACCACCAACGACGGCGAACGCCACCUACUCGCAUCCGCAGCCCGCGGCCGCUUCGUCCGUCAGUGGCAUGUCCAACGCGUCCACCUUCUCGGCCCAGCAUCAGCAACAGCAGCAGCAGCGUCCACAGUUGCAGUCGGAGGUGCCGGUGAACUACAACUGGCCGAGCAGCGAGGCCGCCGUCAAGCCUGGCAUCGGCGGCGGCGUGGUGCAAUCACCGUCACACGCCGGCAAUCAGUACCAUCAUCCACGCAGUGCUUCCGGCAGCGGUGACAACGCCGCGCAGGAUAACUACAGUCACCCUCGACCAGCGGCGACACAGCAGCAGCAGCAACAGCAGCAGCGCCCUGGUGCCGGUCGCCUGGCCUCCACCGACAGCGUUGACGUUCAGCCGGCCCCGUGGAUGACGCAGCAGGACCUGCAGCAGGCACAACAGCAGCAGCAGCAUCGGCCCUCGCCGCGGCCUCGAGCUCGCACCGGCGAUCAGCAAGCGUCGCCGCCCCCUCAGCCCUCGCCCAGGGCCGGUAGACACAUGCGCGAGCCGUCGUUGGAGGAGACGGCCGCAGCCAAUGCUCAGUACUCCAACAAGUUCCUCAGCCAGUCGACGAAGAGAAAGAAGCCUCCGCCGCCCCAGCGCCGCGAGACCCUGGAGGAAGGGCGAUCCGUACAGCUCACCAGAGUUCAGCGCCUCAACUCCGAUGGCACUCCAAACUUGAGUGCAGGCGUCGUCCCCGCCACUGCAGAUCAUACUGUGCAGUCGCCGCAGAAGGAGUUUGAGAUCACCCUGUAGACAGCACGUAGAUGCGCCGUGUCUCAAUCUCCAUAUUCACACACUACAGCCACCACCACGGUCUAACACUGCAUUCGUCUGCAAUCGUCGUAAACAUCAUGAUUAUUCGGCUGCAGUGGAGCCCCCGCAUAUUGAAGAACACGUGUGUACCGAUUCAUCAAUCUCCUUCUUCACCACGACAGCCACCACCAUAGCCUUUGAAUACACUGCAAUCGUCGUGAACAUCGUGAUCAAUUGGCUGCAGUGGAGCCUCGGCAUAGUCAAGGACAUUAUGUACAAAUGCAUCGAUUGAAUGAGCAAACGAUUUGUAAACGUUUGAAUAUGAUUGAGAGCGUAUAGACAGCAUAAUAAUGUUAUUAGGUUAUAGUGUACAGGUCUUUGUGACACGACUGGUUUUUUUCGGCCACAUGGCCCAUUUGCGAAUACUAGCUUUCCAACGGAUUCUUAUGCUUUCUAAUUCUCUCAGAUGUUUUGAAUUGAAUUGCCUCACCCUCAAUUGACUCACCUUACAGUUAAACAGGCAUUUUCACUCAUCACUUCACGUGCACACACGCAAGCAUAGGGAGUGCCAAGGCUUGGCAGGCGCACCUUCUGCCUUGCAGUUUGCAAUUUACACGCAAACGCACACACAUACACACAUGCACACACACAGGCGCACGCGCAGACCUGCAAGCUUGUUGAUUUUAUCGCCGCUCGUUCACAAUUGCUAUCAUCGCAUGCAUACGCCCCCGCCAAUUUGCCUUUCCCAUGGACGCAUGCUACCGUUUUAAACUAUCUAUCCUAUCACCAUACACUAAACCCAGCCUUAGCACUGAACCAGUCUCAGAGAUAACUCAAUUUUGGUUCGGUUUUUCACAGUGCAGUUUGACUUAAUGGCAUUUCGCCAACCAUUAAACAAAACGCUGGCGACAAUGAGAAUGUUA